AAUGUCAAUUGAAGAAAAAACAAAAUAUGAUGGAUUGAUCGGCCAAAGUUUCAAAACUAGUUUGUGAAAAUGUUUUGCGGAAGCGCACCGGUAGAAAAUUGCAUCGAGCCGGACUUCACCGUAGCUGGUUCCAUCGAGUGGGAUCGGAAAUUAACACCGGGCGAGCGAGCGGAAGUGCUGUUUGUUCCAGCUAAGUUCCGGUACUUGAAUCCACCAGCCAAGGAUCCACUAGUGGACCCGGAGUGGCCACUGGCAGCUUUUUGGCCGGCUUAUUUGUCCAACUUCAUGGUGACCAAUUGGAUCGGUCAGUGGAACGCGUUGAAGCAUUGGUAUGCCCAAGUGUCGGACUUUUUCGCCUACAAAGGAUUCCAAACCCGGAUGAUUUACUUUCACACGCUGGACUCGGACUACCUCCAGCUACAGAAGAAAAAUAUGCUCAUUGAAGCGCUGGUUUAUUUUGGCUCAGAGGAGGAAGCCGAACGAGCCAUCGCCACUUGUCACCGAUGCCGGUACUUUGGGCACUGGUUGAACGUGCUUCCCGGCAGGACGCCGGAAUAUUUCUGCAAUGAACUUUCCGUGCGACUCGUCAAAGGGCCCGCCCCCACAUCGGAAUCUCAUCUCGAGCAUUCUCUAAGACCGUUUGCCAAGGUCAAACUAGCCAUCCGGCAUAGCAUAGGAAACAUUUUGGUUCAGUUCAGCUCAAAGGAGGGCAUGCUCAAGGCAUUGGCUAGUCAGGCCAACUGGAAGCCGAUUCAGUUAAUGGAACCAGUUCGGAUACAGCGGUUCCUUGAGUCGGAUGUCAAAAUGGGAAUACAAUGGGAGAUGGAAAAGCAGCCAGACUUUCUGACUCAGCGACCAAGACGAAAGAUCUGGCAAUACUUUGAGGACGGAAUUCAGCCAAUAGUGGACAAUACCUGGACCAUCGAUGAUACGCCGAAACAAUCAAAGUGCUUGAAGCUGGAGAAAAAGCUAAAAAAACAGAAGAUCAAAGCUGCGUCCAAAAGGAGGCUUAUGAAGCAAAAUUUCCAGAAAUACAUGAAAACGGAAGAGUACAAAAAUUUGUCGCAAGCGGAAAAGAACGCCCUGUGCGAGGAGACGUACAGGACGUACGGCUUCAAUCCGCUCGAGACGAAGGGACACUCGAAAGCGCAAACCCCCAGGCAAAGAAAAGCGAGCGUACUGAAGUCGGUCAACUGGUUCUUGAAGCAAGGCGGCAAACCGACCCUGACCAAGGCCGACCAGUUGAAGAAGCGUAGCGAACGAGACAAGCGACUGCAGAUGGCGAAAGACGGCGAUCGAAGGUGGAAAUUUGGCCAAAUUAAGUGUCACAGGACUGAAAGAAGCGAAAUGUUUUGUGGAAGCCCCCAGGAACUCGACUGCAUCGAACCCGAUUUCACCGUGUCCGGCGCAAAGGGAUGGGGCCGACGAUUGGCGCUAGCCGCAGACGGUUUGUUCGUUCCCACUGACAACUUCGUUCGGGAUCCAGCGAGGGCCGACCCGCUCGUCACGGAUCCAAAGUGGCCGCUGGCAACCUUUUGGCCGGUUUACCUGUCCAACUUUUUGGUCGACGAGUGGGACGAGCGGUUCUGGUACGACCCGGUGUCGGAUUUUUUCGCGCAUCAUGGGUUGGAAACCCGGAUGAUUUACUUUCACACGCUGGACGCGGAGUUCCUGGAGGUGCAACGGAACUGCUCGCUGAUCGAUGCGCUGGUGUACUUUAGCUCGGAGGAGGAAGCAAAGAUGGCCAUGGCGAUGUGUCAUCGAAGUUUGUAUUACGGUCAUAAGUUGAACGUGCUGCCGGGGAGGAGGCCGGUUUAUUUUUGCAAUGAAAGAUCGGCGCGACUGGUGCGGCAUGACGUGGAGGCGUCACAGAGACCGGAAACUAGCCUGGAGAACGUGCUGACACCGUUUGGGAGGGUUGAGUUCACGACUCGUCAGAGCGAACACACCAUCUUGAUGGAGUUUACCAAUACGGAUUGCCUGGUCCAGGCGCUGUCCAGCCAAAAUACGUGGAAACCGGUGCAAAUGAGUGGCCAGAUCCAGAAGCAACGGUUCGUAGAAGCGGACGUCAAGAAUGGCCUUAUCUGGGCCGUCGAAUCGCAGGAAGGAUUUUUGCAGCAACGACCGCGGCCGGAAGUGGCGAAGUACUUUGACGACGGCAUUCGUCCCGUGGUGGAGACCUGCUGGCGUCCGAGACAGCUGCCGCGGUUGUCCCGGGAAAAGCUGGACCGCGAUGCCCACCUGAAGGAGCUGUGGAAGAAAAAGAAAAAGGAGGUCCACUUCUCGCAGCUGAGCAAGUGGCAAAAGGACAAACUGUACCAGGACGUUUGCAAAGAAGCCGGCUACGGAAUGAAACCGGGCAAGAAGGCCAAGAAGCUGCAGGCGGGUGUGCUGAAGUCGAUCAACUGGUUCCUGCGCACCCGGGACAAACCUACCCUGACGAGGGACGCCAUGGUUGAGCGGGUGAAGCUUCGGAAUACCGUACUGAACGUGUUGCACGUUGCGAAUUUAAAAAGUGCGUAGUAAAUUUGUCACUGCAUUGAAUUAAA